AAAUUCAAAAUUCACAAUCUUCAAAUUGCACAAGUUUAUCUGUUACUAUUUUAUGGACGACGGAGUUGAAGAAUUGAAAAUUCCGAGGACGAAGAUAUUUCUGGUGCUUUUGUCUUUGGUGUUGAAGUUGUAUUGUCAUUUAUCAGGAAUACUCUCGCAGCAGGGAGAACUUGCUAUCAUGAAUUUAUUAGGAGUAAUAAAUAGUAUGCGAGAUUGGUUGAGCUUCAAUUGGCAGUAUCAAGUCGAAGAAAUAUCGAACUUACCACUAUCCCAUGCCAAUUCAAAUGCUAACUACGAGGAGUGCGUAAAAACCGUCCUGAAGUGGGUCGUGAUGACGCGGAUGAUAAUCGCGCACCUGUACACAGCGACGUAUAUUGCGAACUUCUAUCCAAUUUUAACUUUCUGUCGGGGGAAAUUGUUGGUUCCCUGGUUGGCGAUGAGUGCUGUUAAGAACUUUAUCCUGGAGAUUAUUGUCCUCAUGGUCGUUGUGCUUUUGUACCUACAGAAUCAUCUAUCCGUUUACCUAUUGUGUGAAUUUUUUAUUCACAAGCUGGUGACACUUGCUCCCGCAGUAUACAACUGGCUGACAAUAAAUUCCUUCUACACCGAAUUGAACAUGAGAAAUCGUCAAAAAUUAGCAAUACUCAAUACCUCACUGUUCUAUCGAAAGUCUUCAAUCGUCUACAAGCUUCCAAACGUCAUAAUAGGACUCCCAAUGCAAACCAUAAAGCUCAAUUACCGGCAAGAAUUCUUCAAUUCCGGCUCAGUACCUCCGAACCGCUCCACAUCUCUCACAAAUUACCAUCAUCCACUCUCCGAUUUCCCCCGAAACAUCAGACCGACAAAAUCCUUAUCAUGGGCCUCGAUCAACCGAGGAGAAAUCGAUUCGCUCAUUACUCAAAAUGUGCAGUCUCAUGCAAGAAACCUUCAAGAAGCAAUCAGUGAAUCUUCAGCAUCAUCUGUCUGUGGUUGUUCCCUCCGCGAUGAUCAGAAAUUUCUCGAUUUAAAUAAUAAGGCAUCAGAAGAAACUGUCUUCACAGAUGAGCACACAGAGACAAUAGAUCUCCCGGAAUCGUCGUUUUUACCUCAAGAACAGUUUUUAAAAAAGAUGAAUGGCCGAUUUAAAUUAAGUGAUUACACAAAUGUCCUGAGCCAAUAUAACGAUGUGGAGUCUUCCAGGUGGUCUUCUGACGAAGAAUUGAACGAGAAUGAGUCCUCUACCACGAUAAUCAAACCUCUAUCUCUCCAAGUCCCUAAAGUAGUGAAGCCAUCAACUCAAAUCAAUUCGAUUCAGUGGAGAAAAAGACUUGAGAUCAUCGGAUCUUCCUUCGAAUCGACACUCCAAUAUUACAAUCACGCCUACGACUCCCAAUCCUCAAAAAUAUCUGCGAAUGACUUUGAAUUGAGUAGAAGUUGGAUCCUGGAUGGUAUGAUAAUCACAGGAACAGUGAAUAAUAAAACAAUAACGAAUAAGGAUUUAAAUCUGAACGGAAAGAGACUUGAGAAGGUGGAGAUCGAGGCUUUGAAGGCGUAUAACAAGAAAACUUUAUGGGCAGAUCGAUUGAAACAUCAGGAGUUAAAAGGAGGUCGUGAAAAAUUACGAAAGGACUCGACUGAAUCAGAGAAGAGGAAAGAGGACGAAACAGGCGUUCAAAGGGACAUUGUAAAUUGUUCUGACUCAUGGAGAAUCUUGACCAUCAAAAAUGCUAUUGCCGAUCUCGAUUGGUCCCUGAAGACUUAUCCAAUUGAUUUUUCCGAUCCAUAUGAAUUGGAUGUGGAACAAAUUAUCGAUAGAAAUGAUGAUCAGCCGUUGGUAGCUAAUUUUGCUUCAGAUAAUACGAACAAUGCUAUGGAAUUACUUCUAUUUGCAUUUGGUUUCAGUGACAGGAGUGGAUUUUACGCGUGGAAUACAGCACGAGAUAUUUAUUCAUCAUCAGAUAUACCUAAUGUUUUCUCCGAAAUAAUUAAAACCGCUAGAGUAAGGAUUAUUAAACACGAUUGUAAUUGUCGGAGUACGGCCGAUGUCGAUUAUGGAGAAAAUUAUUGGAGGAGUGUACAAUAUAUUAUAUAGUUUACAUCUUUUGUGCAUAAAUUGAAACUACGGAAUAUAAUGAAGUCGAUUCAAUGGUAGAGAAUUCUGAAAGUCUUUGGAUUUUUACUGCUUCGAACGCUUUUAUUACGAGCUCUGGUUUGGCUUUGGUUUUCAUAAUCGGAGUGGAAUUCGUGGUCGCCCAUUUAUUCCUCCUCUGAAGAAAUACUUAAUGCCUUCGUUGAAAUAAUCAAAGUAGAAUGAGAACCAUUAGACAGCCGGAGCACAUUAGACAGCCAAUCAGAAUUAUGAAAAUAUCAUAAGAAUGUCAAGUAGAUCACGUAGUUUGAAAGAUUUAUAAAGUUUCUGCUCAGGCAAUUCAGCGAUUGGGGUACAUAAAUUUUAUCGAAAUGACGAAAGACGUUGAUCUAGGUCAAUCACACGUGUCUAAUGAAAACUGAAAAAAAAAAUUACACGUUCCCCUCGUUUGUGAGGUGAUACUUCUAAAUAAUUUAUUAUCCUUGAAAAAUGCUGGGAAUUUACGAAUAUGUAUGAUUGACAAAAAACGUUUGGUCUGUUACAAAUUAUCCACUGCCAUAAACUGAAUCCCACAAUUAUCAAGACAAUUAUUCGACUCAAGCAAUUAAGUUAAUGUAGAUCAUAAAUUUCAACAAAAUGACGAAAGACAUGGUCAGCUCAAUCUUAUGUACCUGAAGCGCAAAUAAAAAUCUCUCGGUUAAAUUGUCAAUGCCGUCAAUUCUUCAAGUUGUGUUUAUCAUCGUUCAUUUUUCUGUAGCGGAAAAU